ACGGCUAAACAGGUUAUGUGAUUGGGAGUGGACCUGAAGAACAAGGGCUGUUGACGGAGAGCUGUUUUGCUUCCUGGCCCCUCCUCUUUAACAGUUGAGAUCAUAUGUACCUGCUCUCUUUUGCAUCCCCAACCAUUCAGAAAAUCCACCUGAGUAAAGAGGACACAGCAGAAGACCAAAAAAGCAUAUUUUCAAGAGAGGAAGUACAGAAUACAGCGAGAACUUUCAAGUCACAGCUGACCAGACAAAGAAGUUUCACUGAAGAACAAGUCCACAGGUCCACAAUGGUGUCUGCUGGGUUACAAAUGCUGGGGGCAGCUCUUGGUGUCCUUGGCUGGAUUGGUGCCAUCGUUGUGUGCGCAAUUCCCAUGUGGAAGGUCUCAGCUUUUAUUGGCAGCAAUAUCAUCACCUCGCAGACCACUUGGGAAGGUAUAUGGAUGAACUGUGUACACCAGAGCACGGGGCAGAUGCAGUGUAAGGUCUACGACUCCAUGCUGGCCCUUAGCUCCGACCUCCAGGCUGCCCGGGCCCUGACCAUCCUUGCCAUUGUGGUAGGCAUCCUGGCUGUCCUGCUAGCUGUAGCCGGGGGUAAGUGCACUAACUGUGUGGAGGAUGAGUCGUCCAAAUCCAAGGUGGGCAUCGCAGCUGGAGUGAUGUUCAUCGCGGCUGGGAUCCUUGUCCUCGUCCCUGUCUGCUGGACAGCCCAUACCAUCAUCCAAAACUUCUACAACCCCCUGUUGAUCAGUGGCCAGAAGAGAGAGCUGGGUGCUGCACUCUACAUCGGAUGGGGAGCGGGCGCUUUGAUGCUGAUUGGAGGAGGGCUGCUCUGCUGCAACUGCCCACCUAAGGAUAAUGACUCGUACACUGCAAGGUACAAGGCUGCCAGAUCUGAAGCCUCUGCACCAGCAUCCGGGAAAGACUAUGUCUGAAGCAGACCUAGAAUGACUUGUUUUUACUGGGACAGAUAAACCAGUGCUACUAGGUUGUGGCUAAAUGAAUUUCAGAUUUUAUUUGAGAAAAAUGUAUUCCUGAGUACUACUCUUCAUGAGUGUUGAGGGGAUUGAUUAUCAAGAAAGGAACCACUGCCAAGGCGGGAAAAAAACAUGUUAACACAGUUACUUGCAAAUGAUUUGUAGUUAUUUUUAAGCCUUUUCUAUGAAUGACCAAUGUUGUAUAACCUCUUGUUUUUGAUAUAAUGUAUGCGGGUUGUUUUUACGAACCAUGUUUAAGAGAUUCAUGAUAUUCCAUCUAUACUGUA